UUGGUCGGUGUUAGCUGUGCGCCCCGUUUUCCCGGAAGUCUCCGGUUGAAAAGCGUCCUCGUUUCAAACAGAGGAAACAAAUCUAACAGUAACAGUUCAGAUGGAGUUUAUCAGUCUAUCACGUGUCCGUGUUGGUGGUCUGUGAGUGUUAGGGGACAUUAUAGGCUCCUUUAACUGCUGAAGACGACUAAUGCAGCUAGCAAGGAGCUACAUAUAGCUUUAUAAAGGACCUUCUUAAAGUUUGGGUCUGUGUACAGUCUUUCAGCAUGCGAGCUUUCAGGCAGGUGGGAGAGAAGCAGCUCCCCAACCCUGUCCUCUACAUGGCCUGGUCUCCAAAGAGGGAUCUCAUAGCCCUGGCUAACACAACCGGAGAGCUUUUGCUCCACCGUCUUGCUAAUUUCCAGCGUGUUUGGAGUUUAGCGCCAAAUGAAAACACCGGAAAAGAGAUCACUUCCUUGGCUUGGAGGCCUGAUGGCAAAAUCUUGGCGUUCAGUGUGGGCGACACCAAGCAGGUCGUCCUGUGUGAUGCUGAGAAGGCUGAGAUCCUCCACCUGUUUCCUGUGGAUGGCCCAGUGUCCUGUAUGCACUGGAUGGAAGUGCAGAGUGACAGCAACUCGCCGUCAUCAUCCUCGGCUAACGAGUCAGAGGACGAGUCCAACCGUUUCCUGCCCAAGCUACCAACGUUACCCAAGAGCUACAGCACGUCAUCGAAGAUUUUCAGUGAAGAGAAGUCUGAUGAAGUCACUAACCUGCUGGGGGACGUCAGGUUCAACAUCCUAGUCGUAAGCGGGCCGUCCGGUUUUGUGGAACUUUAUGCGUAUGGACUGUAUAAGAUCGCCACGCUAAAAGGGAUCACCGGUACGUGCCGCAGCCUCUGUCUGUCCAGUGACCUCAAAUCUCUCUCAGUCAUAACGGAAAUUAAAUCCUCGAUCAGGAAGUCUGAGAUCCAAUACAUCCAGAUGGACACUGGCCUGCUGUCCUCAUGUCUCCCAGAGCUGACGAGGAUGGCCCGCAAAUUCACACACAUCUCCACCCUAAUACAGUACCUGCGUCUGUCUCUCACCUGUAUGUGUGAAGCCUGGGAAGACAUCCUCAUGCAAAUGGAUCUCCGCCUGACCAAAUUUGUCCAGGAAAAGAAUACGAGUACUCAGGUUCAAGAUGAGUUCUUGGAGCUGUUGCUAUGGGGACAUGCCAGCCCUGAACUGCAAGCUCUUCUCAUGAAUCAGCUGACUGUCAAAGGCUUGAAGAUGUUGGGCCAGUCCAUCGAGUCGUCAUACUCAAGCAUCCAGAAACUGGUUAUCAGUCACUUACAGAGUGGUUCAGAGGCUUUGCUGUACCAUCUGAGCGAAGUGAAAGGCAUGGCUUUGUGGAAGCAAAAGUUUCAACCUCUUGGUCUGGACCCGGCAGCUAUUGAACACGCCAUCACAGCAGUGGGCUCCUUCACACUAAAGGCUAGUGAACUAUUACAAGUGAUUGAUAAAAGUAUGAAGAAUUUUAAGGCGUUUUUCCGAUGGCUUUACGUCGCGAUGCUGCGCAUGUCCGAAGAUCACGUCCCAGCAGAACUAAAUAAGAUGACCCAGAAGGACCUGGCAUUCGUUGCCGAUUUCCUUUCGGAGCAUUUCAGUGCCAAUGAGGAGCUGUUUGAUCGCAAAGGAAAAUACUUCAACGUGGAGCGAGUGGGGCAGUAUCUGAAAGAUGAAGAUGAAGAUUUAGUGUCUCCCCCAAAUAUGGAAGGCAAUCACUGGGUGACGUUUGUUCAAAAGACCAAAAAGCUAAAAGAAAGUCCUCUGCUGUUCCCCACCUACCCUCAAAAGUCUCUGCACUUUGUGAAAAGGUUGAUGGAGGGCUCCAUUGACCUCUGUCUGCAAAAACCAGCUGAGGUAAUCGGGAGCUCAGUGAAGCAGGCUGCGUGUCUGCGGCUGUACUCGGUGCCUGAGAGUUCUGAGAACACCUCGCGGCUGUUUGAGCUUCCGUCACUAUGGAAUGAUAAAAAUGCUGGGAUGCUCUAUGUAAUCUUCUGUAUGCCAGAGAUAUCCACUUCUAAAAUCUGUAUACUGAGAAGAGCAACAGACCCAAACAGAUCGGUCCAAAAUGGUUUGGUGGCUAUAGAUCUAAAUACUACUCUCCACACUGGGGUUGAUGAUGAAGUAGCAGGAACUGAACACUCUGAUUGCUCCUAUACAUGCCUUGAUGCCCGUCUCUACGAUGAUGAGACUUUAACUGUGGUGUUGCAAGCCCAGGAAGAGAACGAGCACAAGCGCCGUCUUCUGGCCCAGCUCCCUCUCGGCCCUGCCCUCAGCUGUGAGACGGAGUUUAGUUGGGAUCCUGCUUUUAGGUUGGACCAGCAAAGCGAUGAUCUCCCCGUACGAGGCCUGACAUGGGGAACCAUGAGACGAGAUCUGGAGAACAUGAAAGCUCAGUUUGUGGCUGUAAAUGGCAUUCGCAAAGUGUCCUGUGUGCUGAGCUCGAACCUGCGCCACGUCCGUGUAUUUGAGAUGGAUGUGGAGGAUGAAGAGGACGAAGAGCGGGCAGACGAGUCACAAGAUAUCAGCUGUGACCAGGAUGGACUGGUGGAAACCUUGACUAAUCAGGGAGAAGAUGGAGAUGGAGAAGUGGCAGCAUGUGAGGAGAUGAAGGACGGGUCAGGAAACCUCUUGGAACAAACUUCAGGGUCAGAUACAUGAUGAGCUGAGGUCAUUAUACCGCUAACAAACCAAUUUGUGACUCUAUAAUGAUUUUUCAAGGUGAAAUCAAAUGUUUCAUGUAUAUUUGUAAUCCGUGUACUCACUGUAAUGCUGCAUUCACUUCUCAGAAUAAACUGUUUUUUGAACAUA